AUGGCCAGCAAGCUCGCCCCCUUCUCGGCGUUCUUCGGCAGCCUCUUCUUCUUGUCCUUCCUGGGCCCGACCCCUACCAUCGGUCAGAACGACACUCAAAAGGUAGGGGUGUGCCCAGAGGUGCUUGAGAGUCAAGACUGCCCGGUUGAAUGUCGCACCGAUGGAGACUGUCCCGACGUCCUCAAGUGCUGCACAGUUGGAUGCACGUCGGUUUGCGUAGUCCCCAACGAGAAGAAGGGUAAAUGCCCUAUUAAUGACAGUAGCAUCUCUUUGCUGGGGAUUUGCAAGGACGAGUGCUAUGGCGAUUCUGAUUGUUCUGGCUCACUCAAAUGCUGUAUCAAUGGCUGUGGAAACCAUUCCUGCCUCAAACCUGGCCACUGAGGUUUGACGUGAGUCAUUAAGUUGGAACAAAAGUCACCCUGAUCCUGGGAGCUCCUGGACUCUUUAAAGUUAUACUGAAAGUCACAAUGAUCCCCCCAGCACUUCCUGACAAACUGCUGGAGCACAAGG